UGAUGCAGCGGUCGCUUGUUGAAACGUUAACAGUACAAGCCAUUUCCCCUUAAUGCGCUUUGCCAGCGAAACGCCUCAGUGCUUUAAUUGUGCGAACACAAUUUUGAAUUGCUUUGAAUGAAGGUCACUGUGAACAAUUUCUGGCUGUUAUUUAUGGUCAUUUCCACUGAGUUGUGAUUCAACUGUAAACCUUAAAAAGAAAGACAGAUGACCUCCAUUUACGAAGAUAAGGAUACUAGCGCUUUAGAGUUAGCGGAGGAACUCAGUCAGGUGCACUGCCAAGAUGAGCUGGACUUCGACUACCUGUUCGAGUACGACCCACCUUGCAGCAAUUUUCCCACGGAAGACCAAGAUGAGCAAAGUUUGUCUUCACACAAAGUCCUCGGAGCCCCCGCGGGCGUGGCCUACCCCCUCGCGGAAGUCGCCCCCUACGGGCUCAAGCCCUGCCCAUCGCCCUAUGACGAGCCCCCUCCGGAGGGCCUGCUGGGGUACGAACACCUGGGCGGCAAGCGGUACCUGGAGCACCCCAGGGCGGGCGGUCCCGGAGCUCUGAGCCCCCGAAUCGAGAUCACCCCGUCCCGCGAGCUAUACCCCCACGGGAGGGACUCCCUGCAGGCGCACCCCCUGAGCAUCGGGCCCCGAACCCUGACGGUGCCGGGGCAGGACGGCUUGGUGUACCGCGAGCCGCAGUGCCUGAGCCCAGCCAGCAGCAACUCCUCCACCAGCUGGCACUCAGAGAGCUACUCGCCCUGGGCCUCCCCCUGCGUCUCCCCCAGCAACGGGCAGGCCACGCCCAGCGACCUCUGCCCCCGCUUCCAGAACAUUCACGCCGGCUCCUCGUCCCCCCGCACCUCCCCCGGAGCCUCGCCCCGCGACAGCGCCACAGAGGAGGGCUGCCUGGCGCCCCGGUCCCCCUCGCCCCGCCCCGGCUCACGCUCCACCUCCCCGCAGGGCAAGCGCACCUACGACAUGUACCGCAACCCCGCCCUCGGCCCCGCCCACGCCCGCCACCGCUCCCGCAGCCCCUCCCCCCACUCCGCCCUCGACCAGCCCCCGGGCGGGAUCUACGGCCCCGGCCCCUCCCCCGACGCCUACAACGGCUUCUGCAGCGCGCCGGGCUCGGUACCCACCAAGAUCGUGAAGACCGCUAGCCCCGCCUACUCGCUGUACCUGGACAGCCAACCGGAGGGCUACCUGCUCUCCUGCGAACAGGACAUGAAGAGCAAGCCGCCCGGGGCAGAGUCCUUCUUUGUCAUCCCGCCCAUCUGGCCCAAACAGCUGGUCCCUGGCAUCUGCAGCAUUCCGGUGGCUUCUCUACCGCCUCUGGAGUGGCCUUUGCCCAAGCGCACUGACCAGUACGAGCUCCACAUCGAUGUGCAACCUAAACCCCACCACCGCGCCCAUUACGAGACCGAGGGCAGCCGGGGCGCGGUCAAGGCCCCCAGCGGCGGUCACCCCGUGGUCCAGCUUCACGGGUACCGGGGCAAAGAGCCGCUGGGCCUUCAGAUCUUCAUCGGCACGGCCGACGAGAGGAUCCUCAAGCCCCACGCCUUCUACCAGGUCCACCGCAUCACAGGGAAGACCGUCACCACCAACAGCUACGAGAAGAUCGUCAACAGCACCAAAGUCCUGGAGAUUCCUCUGGAGCCCAAGAACAACAUGAAAGCCGUGAUCGACUGCGCUGGGAUUCUGAAGCUGCGGAACGCUGACAUCGAGCUGAGGAAAGGAGAGACGGACAUCGGGCGCAAGAACACGCGUGUGCGCCUGGUGUUCCGCGUUCACAUACCCCAGCAUGGAGGGCAGCACGUUUCUCUGCAGGCCGCCUCUCAUCCUAUUGAGUGCUCUCAGAGAUCAGCCCACGAGCUCCCAAUGGUGGAGAAGCAGGAUGUGGACAGCUGCUCGGUGCUGGGCGGGCAACAGAUGAUCCUCACAGGCCAGAACUUCACGUCCGACUCCAAAGUUAUCUUCACCGAGAAGACGCAUGAUGGGCAGCAGCUCUGGGAGGUGGAGGCUACAGUUGACAAAGACAAAAGCCAAGCUAGCUUGUUGUUUGUGGAGAUCCCGUCAUAUCGAGACCCGUCCAUCUGCCACUCGGUCAAAGUGAACUUCUAUGUGAUCAACGGGAAGAGAAAACGCAGCCAACCCCAACACUUCACCUACACUCCUCUGGCAGUUCCCUCCAUUAAGACCGAACCUGCGGACGACUACGAGGCGGGGCAGAUGGGCUUCCCUGUGCCCCAGGUCCUGGGGGUGUCACCCCAGCAGUACUACCACCCCCCCCACGCCGCCCACGCCCCCCGUGGCCUGCUCCCCCCCGACGGCUGCCUGGUGGGGGCCAUGCCGCCCUGCCAUCAGACCCUCCCAGGUCUGGGGGGCCCCGACCCCCGCUUCCAGCAGCAGAGCCCCGCCAUCGUGUACCCCAGAGGCCCCCGGGGCCCCACCGCCAGCCCCGCACUCUACCCCCAGCCUGGCGGGGCCGUCCCCGUGCCAGACCCCCACCGCUCCGUCCUGGUUCACACCGGGACCAGCCAGCCCACCCCCUCCAUCAUCCAGUUCUCCCCCACCAGCCACCUGCUCCGGGCGGCCGCCCCCGCUCCCAUGUCUGAGCACCACCAGCAGGUCAUGUGCUGUGACGGAUACCCCCAGCAGGGGCCGCCCUCCGCCCGCUCCCCGGCCCCGGCCCUGGCCCCGGCCCCGGCCCCGGGCCCUGCCCAGCACUACCCCACCGUCAUCCAGCAGCAGCCGCCGUUCGCCCAGAAGGGGCCAAAGAGCCGGUCUCCGGCCCCUGAGGAGGAGCAGAGGGCCCCUGGGGGGGGCCCCGCCAGGGUCACUGUGAAGCAGGAGAACCUGGAUCAGGCCUACCUGGAUGACGUGAACGAAAUCAUACAACAGGAUUUGACCGGAGUUCACCCCCAGGGCCAGACAUAGAGUGAGGAGCCUGGGACCAGCCCCGCCCCCUCCCCCUCAGACCCUCCUCCUCUCCUUCUGCUACGGCUGCUCCGCUUGGCUCCAGCUUUCACCGCAAGCACCAAAGAUCUGCCAACUGCCCGACACCUGCCUGGUUUUCUAACCAUGACCCCUGCCUCGAUGCCUCGCGGACAAAAACCUUUAUGCAGUUUUUAAAAUAAACACAAAGAUGCCUUGUUAAAUAGACUUGUGGGCCACAGACAAAUGAAAUGAAUUUGUAAGUUGGACUGCUGCCUUCUUAAGCAUGCUACGUUGUUAAAGGAAAGAGCUUAGGGUGAUUCUCUGAUUGAAACCAUCUGGGCGGUUACACCAUGCUAUCUGGGGUAAACAAGAACGUGUACAACAUUGGCCAUCCCAGCAGUAUUCAGUGUUUAUUUUCAUCAGCAACCCUCCCCUUUACGACAUGACUUAUGGUUUUCUGAUCGUGAUGAUUGUACUCCCUCUGUUUUUCGUCACAUAGACGUGAACCCAAUCAGCUAUAUUUCCAUCUGGUUUCAUUAAUAUUCCGUGCUGUAAAAUCCAGCGAUGCCAGCUUGCCCAGCUUGAAAACUGAUCUGGUCAACCAUGGCCAAGUGGGUCUAGCUGGGUAUGAGCUGGUCAACCAGCAAGUGCUGGUAGCUUGUCUGAGCUGGAAGCUGGUUUCAAAACGUAGCUUGAGCUGGUCAAACCAUGUCAAGCUGGGAGCUGGCCUGAACUGGUCAACCAGCAACCAGCAGUUUCAAAACCUAACUUGAGCUGUUUUUUUCAGCAGGGUUCACAAUUACAUUAACUUGAGAUGCAUUGUUUUGUCCUGCUCUAGUUCAUAACCUUUCAAGUCCAUCGGUCAGUGGAUAGAAUAAUCAUUCUGACACAAGAAGCUAUCCAGUUGAGCUUACUGCUAAGGGAAGAUGGCAUGAUGAAAAUAAACACUGAAUCGUGGCCAGUUGUGACCUUUGUGAAAUGGAGUUAGAAGAAACUGACGUGCUGAUAAACACUGCUGUUAAUGGACUGAGUAAAGAAGAACUAAGUAGAUAAUCAGCCCACACAGAAAAGUGAUUACCAGCUCGGAAAUGUAGGCUAGAGCAAUCGCUGGGCAAAAAGCAAUGCUGUUGCACUUGCUGCAUAUUACACGGCAAAUUCACCAUCAAAAGGGUCAGGAUUCUUUUAUCUCUGAGGAUGUCAACUUAUUUAGGUGUAGGCCACUUGAUUGUUUUGGUUUUGGUCCCAAGCAUUUUGCCAUGGAGCUGAUGUGGCUUUGCAUUGUAUAGUAUUUAGUAUUUAAUAUAGUUCUGUUUCUUUAAGCUCUUGCUAAAUACUCUAUAACACGUGAAAAGUCUGAAAAGGCCAAGAUUUAUUCCUAUUAUGUUAUCAUGAAGCGCUCCGACAAGCAGAACCAAAAUAAAAGCUGUUCUUCAGCAAUGUCAGGAAAGAUGGCAGGAAUACACCUUCGCCAUUUUUGUUUACAUUUUAGCAUUAUGAAUAUAUAGGUUAUUGAAUUGCUAAGGUGCGCUACAUUGUCAUGAUGUCCUUAAGAGAUUAGUGCGUAGCACUCGCACCAUUGAAGUGCAGUAAUUCUGAUUCAGAAAUAAUGCAUGGACCCUGUCUGUAGUUAUCCGUUAAAAAGAGAGUGCCUUUUUAGUGCUCUAUGGCCCAUACGUUUUUGGCUCAGGUGUACAUUUGAUAUGUCGUACAUUGUCCUUUCAAUAUCUCUAAUGCCUUAGCGUUGUCAUCAUAGACAUUGUGAUUGUAGUCGGUCUCCCCAGCGAUAUUCUCGUGGUGUGGUCGCAGUAAUUUUGUUUGCGAUGUUAUGCCAGCACUGGGAGAACGUAAUGGCUUGGCAGGGUAUGCAGUCGAAUCUGAAGAUGCUUGUGAUUGGCUCACCAGAUCCUUCUGUUUAGAGACCUACCUUUCCACAUUAACUGGAGUGACACAAAACUGUCACAGGAAUUGGAUAACCAAGCUUUCCAAUAUAGCUAAUUUCAUAAUCGCACUCCACAUUCCUUAUAACAGCAAAUUCAUGCUGAGAAUUGUUAAAUAUAAUGUGUUGUUUGUACAGUAUCCAGCAACAAUCCUCCUACCUUGUACUCAUGUUAUAUCAUGAAAAAAUAUAUAUUGUUUCUAACAAGUGCAAAAUGAAUACCGAAAAUAUCACUUAUUUUGGUUAAAGCUGUCGUAAUACAAAGCCAUAUUUUGUUAAAUUGCUUUAUCCUGAAUAUCUACCAUGUUUGCUUUUUUGAAUGGUUCCUUUUUCCAUUUCAUGCAUUGAAUGCAUUACUUUUUUGGUUUUAAGAACAUUUAUAAUGAGCUGUUCAAGACUAGUUUUGGAGAAAGAGAAAUACCAAAGAUUGUAAUACGUUUUUAUAAAAAAAAAUCUUAAUUUAUUUUGUAAUAUUGUCUCAGACAUUGCUCCUUUAUAAUGCCUUUCCCAUGUCUAUGCAUGGCCAUUUUGCCAGCUUGUAACUAGUGUGUCGUGUACCAUAAAAGUCUUGUUCUGUGCUGUGUAGUUUAACUUGCUAAGGCCUGAUAUCAAUGUUUGUACACUUUAUUGGUCCUUUGCUCUUAUUCGGUGAUUGUAGAAACAACUGACAGCUAGUUCUCAGUUUGUAAUCCAAAGUCAAAUGUACAUUUUUAACAUAGCGUGGGUAUUGGCCCUCUUUGCACUUGGUGAAUAUCAGAUUUUCUUUCCUUUUUUCCUGGUUUUGCUCACCUGCAGGUUUAUGGCUCUCUUUAAACCACUAGGAGUGCAUCCUACAUUGGUUCAAUAAAAACUACAGUCGGCAGAGCCGGCUACUGGUCUAUACAUUUUAUGCAGUCGUUUAGGACCAGCACCACCCCACGGCCUCACAAUUCAAGUGAUUUAAUUACUUAUGUUGGAGCACUUUGGGACCACCAAAACCCUAGGGCUGGCUCUAAUGGUCAGUUUAAUUGGAUGGACAGCUUGGCUAGAACAAAAGCCAGUGAGAUCCACCUGUACCAUGUUUAAGUUAAGAAGGUUUAGUUUUGUUACCAUUGAAAUAACUUUGCACCCAGAAUAUUACCAAUGAAUAGGCCAAGAGAGACUUUCAUGUUUCUAUAAAUAUUCUAUAUGAAUAGUUUACCCUCAUGACAAUUGUAACUGGAAUAAUAAUAACCGGUAGCCUAGUUUCCUUUGACUCUUUGGCUUUAACCAAUUAAAAUUCUUUAUUCAAAAUAAGUACAACAUUGCCUGUAUGUAAUAAUACUUUCAAAAGUUGCUGUGCCAAUUAUUUUGCUGUUAUAAGCCACAAUAUUUCCAGGUAAUGAUGUCCUUUGCACUGUUAGUUCUUUUUGAUAUGUAGAUAUGAUUUAAACAAUGUCUGUGUGUCAUUAUAGCCUUAUGUAAUGAGGUCAGGGUUUUUUGUUGGUAGAACACAAGUAAGUUUGAAUGAGGUUGUAAAAUCUGCUGAAAUUGUUUGGAAGCAGUUAUUUUAAUUCUUUCUGAAGUAUACUUUCUAAAAUAUAUUAGUUAUAUAGUAUAAAUUAUAUAAUUUUUAAUCUUAUCUGAGAUACUACAUAAUUGUUCUCCUUUUCAAGUGUGGUUUUACCUUUCUUUACUAAAUUGAUUAUUAUCAAGCUCUCGCCUAUAUCCUGAAGUCAUGAAUUCAGUUUUUUCAUUGUAAACUGGCAAAAAUGCAUGUGCAACAAAUUCCUAGAUUAAAAACAGAUAGUGUCUUUCCAUGGAGGUACUGUCUCAAUGUAUACAGCAUUGUCUUUAAUGUUUCACAGGCUGAAUGUAGACUGUAUUCAAAAUAUGUUUCCCCUUACUGUAAAUAGACAACUGCUUAGUCUUGUAAAAAAACAAAAAAACAUUCCUAUCCCUUUUUUUAAAAGUAGAUGAGAUAUUUUUUAUGAACUGCAUCAGUUGUUAUCUGGCAUCCUUUUGAUAACCCAAGGCCAUAUUAAUAUAUUAAAAAGCCAAAACUAUAAAUCGGUAGACACAUUGUACUCUACUACUGUAACAUUAAUAUAAUAUUAUGAAAGUAUUAGUGAUGUGUUGCUCAAAUGAACGGGCUCAUGCUUUUUAUUUCAGCUUUUUCCAAAAAGAAUGGUUACCAAAUAACAUGCAAGGAUCUUAACUCAUCAUUUCCUUCAGUGUUUAUGUAUUGCUUUUUACACUAUAAGUUCUUGUAUUGCUAUGUUGCUGUUUUUCCAGAAACAAAACUUGUAACUAUACAUUUUAGCAAUAAAUUGGGAAUAUUAAAAA